GCCAGCAUCGCCAGCGCCUGCGCCACCGGCCUCACGCAGACUGGCUCUCGCUUGUCGGUACAAGUAAGCGCGCUGGCGUGCGUGGUGCUGGGCACGUCCCCGAGGCUGGCAGGGCUCCUCGCUCGCAUCCCGCUGGCAGUUCACGGUGCGUACUCUGCCCUUCCCCUGCACUGCGGUGCCUGCAGCCUGCCCGGCGCUGCCUGACUGCUGCCCCUCGCAGGGGGGGUGCUCUGCGUCACCUACACCGUGGCUGUGGGCACGGGGAUCUCCUACUUCCAGUACGCGGACAUCGACUCAGGCAGGAACAUCUUCAUCGUCGGCUUCUCUGCGUCACCUACACCGUGGCUGUGGGCACGGGGAUCUCCUACUUCCAGUACGCGGACAUCGACUCAGGCAGGAACAUCUUCAUCGUCGGGCGUGGCUCCGGCUCACCUGGCCACAGGCUGGGUGCCCCUGGACCUCCUCUUCCUCUCCCUGCUCAUGGUGCCCGUCAUCUUAACUGGCUUCUUGUCGUUUUUCCUGGAGAACACUGUCUCAGGAACGCUGGAGGAGCGAGGGCUGCUCUCCCACCUGGCGCAGCAGAAACUCGGGGCAGGCAGUCGCCAUUCCCAUGGAGAGUGGGGCGAAGCCAGCCAGGUGUACGGGCUCCCGGCCAGGCUGAGCAGACUGCUGCCAUCCUCCUGCAAAGCUUUCCCCUGCUGCUUCCUCUGCCCGGGGAGCGAGGAAGAGGAAGACGAGGAAGAGGGCACCCGUGCUGCUGAGGAGGGGACCGCUGCGGCAGGGGAAGGGACGCACCUGCUCCCCAAAGCAGGCUCAGGAGAGCUGCAGCUGACCAGGAGGCCGAGUGAGACGGAGAUGUCCACGUGGCACACUGUGGCCUGA